AUGGCAGCCGAAAAACGUCAGAAGAAGACUGGUGUAGAGCCCCCCAACCUUAUCGAAAGGGCUCAGCAAGUGGUGAACAUAAUCUCUCAUGGCUGUGAAUUGUCGAGUGGUUUCGGUGGAUUUAGUUUGUCGUUGUAUGAUACGGCUUGGGUGUCCAUGAUCACCAAGCCCGAUGCUGUGGGGGCCCGUCAGUGGGCUUUUCCAGAGGCGUUUGCGUAUGUUCUGCGCCAGCAACAGGACAACGGUUCCUGGGGGAUCAAUGCAUCGCCUGUUGAUGGGAUUCUCAAUACUAUGGCGGGCCUGCUGUCAUUGCUAGAGCACCAUGCCGUGGAGACUGCCCAAUGCAGCGUUGGUAGUGAUAUAGGGCCCGCCGAUUAUGAAGAGAGAAUCUCGCGUGCAAUCAAAUCCUUAUCCGAUGCACUGAACAGUUGGAAUAUCCUGGUCCCAUGUCUUCUCCAGCAAUUGGCACAGAGAGGGGUCAGCCUGGAUUUCCCCGGCAGACAGGAUCUCAUCAAGCUUCAUCAGCAGAAACUGUCAAAGUUCAGACCGGAAAUGGUCAUCUCGAAACAGCAAACCACCCUGCUCCAUUCACUGGAAGGGCUGAUUGGCAAGGUGGACUUUGAAAAGCUGAAACAUCAUUGCACGGAAUAUGGAGGCAUGAUGGGGUCUCCAGCUUCGACAGCAGCAUACCUUAUCUACUCUCCAGUGUGGGACGAAGCCGCCGAAAAGUACCUUCACAAUGUGGUGGAGAGAUGCGGAUCCUGCGGAGGCGUCCCCAGCGGAUUUCCAACGCCAGUUUUCGAAACUUCCUGGACAAUAUCAACGCUGCUGGCCAGUGCUAUCACCACUUAUCUUCAACGUCUCUUUGAAAAGCAACACGGAUUACUUGGAUUCGCCCCAGGCUUUGUACCAGAUGCGGAUGACACAGCUCGGUCUCUCCUCGCUCUGUCAUAUCUGAAGGUCCCAAUGGAUCCCUCUUCCUUGGUGAGGUAUUUUGAAGCCCCGCGCCAUUUUCAAACCUAUAAACUAGAGCGGAACCCCAGCUUUAGCGCAAAUGCCAAUACUCUGUUGGCUCUGUUGCAGUCAUCGUGCCCUGCAACCUAUGUCCCACAAAUUGAGAAAACCGCCAAUUACCUGGUCUCCUGCUGGGAGGGUGGAGACGAAAUGCUUCUCGUGAAUGCAUUAGUUGAACUCUUGUCGACAGAACUUGUUACGACGAAGAUCCCGAUUGUGCUCUGCCAGCUAUUGUCAAAGGCACUGGUUCACCAACACGAGAAUGGUUCAUGGCACAACUCCGUGGAGAGGACUGCCUACAGCAUACUUCUUCUUGCCUACAUACUGAGACUACCAUGGCCAAUAUCGCUCCGAAGAGACUAUCUGCAGCAGCACGCAAGUGAGUGGUCCGAGGGCGAUUAUAUCUGGAUUGAGAAGGUCACUUACCGACUGCCUACGCUCGCUGAAACAUAUACCCUUGCGGCAAUGAAGGUUCCAAGGGAGGAGGCCGCCUGGACUACCGAAGUCAAACAAAUGUUCACUCUCCCGGAGAAGAAAGGUAGAGCUAUGGCAGCCGUCUUUGGACAGCUACCUACCUUUCGAGAUACCCCUCGGCGCACAAUGCUCUUAGCGAUUACAGAAGCCCAUUUUUAUUCACGAGCCUUGCGGAAAAUCCGACUUGAUAUCUUCCCGCGAGACAGGAUGAGGAUGACAAAGGACAAAUACUUGGAUUUUAUUCCAGUAGCGUGGACCAGUAUUAAUACUAUAUCUGGUUUUCCUCUCUCGAGUGAGACCAUGUGGGACAUGAUGGUCAUCUCCAUGCUCAACUAUCAAGCGGAUGAGUACAUGGAGUCCGUAGUGGGAAGCCUCCCAAAGCCAUGCUUGCGUGAACUCAAAUUGGAGAUCCGCAAUGCGUGUCUCGAUGAGGACCUAUCUACGGAAGACAUAUCCGAUGUGUUUAUGAAAGAUGACCAACUGCCUGGGUGGAUACCAUCCCCGCAGACGGAAGAGAGUCAGAGCCAAUCCCCCUCUCCGCAUCUUUCCGAGGUGAGUGAAGUGAUUCUAAAAUAUAUCAGACAUGUACGGUAUCAUCCAUGUGUGAUAGUAUGCCCCGCGGCCACGCAGCGCGAAGUCGGCAAGGAACUAGAUAAGUUUCUUCAUGCACAUAUGGCGCACAAUGCGGAUAACUCUCGUCUCCGCAAUAGUGAUACCACUAGUGACAAUCUUUGGAGUCAAUCCUAUUUUGAUUGGGUUCGGACCACUGGCGCCAUAGACACGAGUUGUCCUUACUCAUUUUCAUUCUUCACCUGUCUCAUCAGUCGCCAAGGACGCUCCUGCAUAUCUUCCGCUAAACAGAGAUAUUUUGCCCGCGCGUUGGCUUUGCAUCUAGCCACGAUGUGCAGACAGUUUAACGACUAUGGGUCUCGGCUUCGAGACCUCCAGGAGAAAAAUCUCAACAGCCUCGAUUUUGCCGAUUUCAAUGGGGAUGGCCUCUCUAGAGGGCAAGAUCAGCACAAACAGGAUCUGAUGGAACUUGCUGAGUUUGAGAGGUCAUGUAUGCAGGUUUGUUUUGCACACCUAUCAGCUGAGACCAGUGCCACCACAACGGCACAAAUCCAAGUGUUCAUCAAAGUAACCGACCUGUUUGGCCAAAUAUACGUUGCGCAGGACAUUGCCAGUCGCUUGAAAACCUAGACCGCGGCUAGUGC